AGUAGUAUCCAACUCCAAUUCCUUCGUAUUUGGCUUCGAAGGUGUUGGAGUUGAUGGUGUUGAAGAGGAUUCUGAGAUAGAAGACACUGGCGAAUCAAUGGUGACCGAAGGAGCUGGUGAGUGUGAUGAUGGAAGAGAAUCUGAGACUUGUUGAGGUUUAGUUUUUGGGGUUACCUGAGGAGGGGGAGGCUGUGAUUGGGUAGAGGCUAUUCCAGGAGGACGAAACGGUGGUCGACGAGUGGAAAGAGAUUUUGAUUUUUGUUUUGGAGGAGAAUGAGAUUCGGUGGAAGGACCUGUGAUCCAAGGGAUCCUAAAACCACACUGCUGGUUUUUGCGUGGCAUGGAUGUUGGUAUGAAGCAGAACAACAAAUGCUAGGAUUGUGCGGGAUACUACGACUUCGCCAAAACCCUCUGAGGGGCGCAAUAUUUCAACAAUUCCAAGGAAAUGCGAUAUCUAACCUCAACAAAAUAAGUUCAAAUUUUGGAUGUGUCACGUCCUCUCCACGCAAAGAGCAGAAAGGAUUGGAGAAUGUAACAGUGUCAGAGGUACUAAUGACAAAAGGUGAAGAAAACAUCGGCUCCUGGCUUUGGUGUCGAACUGAUGAUGCUGUCAUUAAUGCAAUGAAAAACAUGGCUGAUAAUAACAUUGGAUCAUUGGUGGUACUAAAGCCAGAAGGGCAGCACAUAGCAGGGAUUGUCACAGAAAGAGACUGCUUAAAAAAAAUAGUUGCACAAGGAAGAUCUCCCUUAUACACACAAGUUGGUCAAAUAAUGACUGACGAGAACAACCUGAUAACGGUGACCUCUGACACCAACAUUCUUCAAGCAAUGAAAAUUAUGACAGAGAAUCGCAUUCGGCAUGUUCCAGUUAUAGAUGGGAAAAUAGUUGGUAUGAUUUCCAUUGUAGAUGUGGUGCGAGCAGUGAUGGAGCAGCAAAGUGGAGAAUUGAAGCGACUCAAUGACUACAUCAGAGGAGAAUACUAUUAGCAGAAGAAUUCAACCAUGUAUACCGAUUUGGUGCUAGCGAAUUCAUGCAUCAAAUUAUAAUACACCUUUAUAUUUCAUAAUAAAUGGGAUUUUAUUUUUUUUACCACUUUGUAGAACAUCGCUGUACCAAAUCC